ACACAGCAGGCGCCACAAGACGCAAAAACACAGACGCAGUAAUGGCGAGGUUAAGCGAGCAUGGGAUCCGCCUGAGUUCCAUGAGCCCUUCCUUCCUGAACAGCAACUCCACAAGUCACACCUGGCCCUUCAGCGCGGUGGCAGAGCUCAUAGACAACGCGUCAGAUCCUGGUGUACUGGCCAAACAGAUCUGGAUAGAUGUAGUAGAUGAAUCCGGUCACCUAUGUCUAACCUUCACUGAUAAUGGCAGCGGCAUGACGCCCAACAAGCUGCACAAGAUGCUCAGCUUUGGUUUUACAGAAAAGGGUUCGGGUAAAGCCAGUCAGCAUGCCAUCGGUGUGUACGGGAACGGUUUCAAGUCUGGCUCCAUGCGUCUGGGCCGCGACGCGCUCAUCUUCACCAAGAACGGCGGCUGCCAGACCGUGGGAAUGCUGUCUCAGACCUACCUGGAGAACAUCAAGGCCCAGGCUGUCAUUGUCCCCAUCGUCCCCUUCAACCAACAAACCAAGUCUCUGGUGGUGACCGAGGACUCGGAGGCCAGCCUGGCAGCCAUCCUCCAACACUCCAUCAUCACCUCCCAGGAGCAGAUACUUGCACACUUUGACUCCAUUCUCUCCAAGAAAGGCACCAAGAUAUUAAUCUGGAACAUCCGCAGGGCCAAAGAUGGCAAGCCAGAGAUCGACUUCCAGACGGAUGUGAGUGACUUUCGUUUGCCUGAGAUUCAGAUCGAGGAGCUGAGGAAGGGUCUGAGGAACAGUGGAUCCCUGAGAGCCGAACAUAACAUCCCAGACAUGCACUACAGUCUCAGGGCCUACCUCAGUAUCUUGUAUCUGAAGCCGAGGACACAGAUUAUACUGCGGGGGAAGAAGAUUCUGGCUAAACUGGUGUCGAAGAGGCUGAAACUGAUCGAGCAUGAUGUGUACAAACCCCAGUUCAGUAAAGAGAAGGUGAAGGUGACCUUUGGGCUGAACCCGAAAAACAGAGACCACUAUGGCAUCAUGAUGUACCACAGGAACCGGCUCAUUAAAGCCUAUGAGAAAGUGGGCUGCCAGCUGAAGGCUUCAGGUCAAAGGGCAGGAGUCGGGGUCAUCGGCAUCAUCGAGUGUAACUUUCUCAAACCUGCUCACAACAAGCAAGACUUUGAAUACACCAAAGAGUACAGACUCACCCUGGGCGCUCUGGGCCUAAAACUGAACGACUACUGGAAAGAGGUGACGGAGAAGAGGGCCAGAGAACGAGAGUUUCAGGCUCUAGAGAAGGAAGUAAAUGAAGAGGGGCAUGAUGCUGACGAGGGUCCCAUGUGGUUACAGUGUGAAGAAUGCCUGAAGUGGCGAAAAAUCGCUGCAAAUCAUUAUAGUGUGAUUCCUGAAAACUGGAACUGCAGCCAGAACCCCAAUCCACGUUACAGAAGCUGCUCUUCACCAGAGGAAGCAGAAGACAGUGAGGAACUGUUAACACCCAGCUACCAGAAAAACCACAAGAAACAAGAGCAUUCCAAAAGCAGAAAACGAGAAAAAUCAUUGGAAGUGUGUGAGUUCAAGGACCAAGCGGAUAAACAUCAGAUCCUGUCACGCAGUUCAUCAGAGCCGAGCCAGCCCACCUUCCAGUCCACAUACACACCUGAACACAUAAGAACAGCAGGUCGUCACCACACAGAGGAAAACACACAGGAACAAGAUCAGACAAACGUAGAUCACCUGGCAGAUGCAGACACAGUUACACGCAUGCACGAUGAUGCACCGGUGCAAAGUACGUUCACAGCUGACGACACACACACACAACAGAGGCCUGUUGGAAAAGGCACGGUCACUAAAGACCAAGCACAAGUCACACAUGUGGAAAAUGAGACGAGUGAUCACAGGCUCCAGGAAAAAGACACAAACAUGGAGUCAGCGGAAACAGAGGAGGACAACGCAGACAUGUUUUGCUUCAAAAGGAAACCAGGGUCAUUAUUUUACUGCGUGAAAAAGAAGCUAUGUGUUCGGGAGGAGCAAAAGUCUGUCCCAGAAAACAUGGCAGAAGAGACGAACCCUGAGAAACAAACAAAUAUAUUUGAAAAACUGUCCUGUAAGACGACCGGCCAGGACAGUAUCGGCCAAGUAGAGAAACCAGGUGAAACAUCACAGCGAACCCUCACCAACCUCACCUGGACCCACCCACUGCCCCCCACCCAGACUGUGAUGGUUUCUCCUCUGAGUCGACCAACAGUGACACUGAGCAGACCACCGCCUCCAGAGACGAUUGAACGGGAAGCUAACAUGAGGAAGCUGGCUUGGGUAGAGAAAGAGGCCCAGAGGCUGCGGAGGCUUCUAGGUCUGGAAAUCACAAAGACAACUCAAGGGACGAUGACAUCACCUGAUAGCAGCGCUGAGAAGUCAAACGGCGCGCUGGUGACUCCGCCAGUAUCCAAAGCAGGAAGAGAGGUCGGCUGCCAGACGGACACGGCUGAGAGCUCCACCUCAUCAGGCAGCCCGACCCAGGCUGCAGAACGUCAGGGGUUGGUGGUCCUGGGUCAGAGACCUGUGUGUGAGCAGAAGGAGCAGCAGCCUGAGCAGAACAUAUCUAAGAAGAAGACAGAGACUGCGAGCAAGAUGAUAGCCAGUGACAGCGAGGCCUGUGAAGACAGCAGAUCAUCACAGGAGAAUCUGCGCAGCAUCCGGAACAACGUGGUGGUGCUUCUCACGGCCCUCCUGCCCCAACUGGACCUGGCGGGCAUCAGCAUGGAGACCACCGACGUGGACAGCAUCCUGCAGCAGAUCAUAGAGGUCAACUCACUGACACUGUGAUAAGAUCCUGCAGAUCUGUGUCGGCAGAGAUUGAUAUGUUUUCUUGUGUUUUUUAUGCAAAGUUUGAGUUUGAGUUUAAAGUUUUAGUGUUCAGCCUUGUUAUACACACACUGAUUAUCAAAUUACCGUUGGCUGCACAUGCAUACUGAUAGUAAGUGGCAGUUUUUUUGUCACAUGAUUUUAUUACGUUCCUGGAGCUCAUCUAUUGUAAGACACAUUGUCAUGAGCCUAUUUCCCCCCAUUUUUGUACAAAUUUGAUAUUUUUUAUUUAAAGCUCUCCCUCUUUAUUUUCAGUGUGAUGUAUUGCUAUUUGUGUUUUGCUUCUGUUUUUACUAUUUAAAUGAGUUUUAUACGUUUUUAACAAUGUGUCAUGUUUGUUUCUUAAUUUGUUCACACAUCCUUUAUAAACGAGACUUUUCAUGUUUGCAUUAAAAUGCUGAAACCA